CCUGACCAAUGAGGGCAAGCGGAGGUGUGUUUACAUGGGAAGUACCGCCCACAAUAAAGAAAUGCAGCAUGAACAGACAGAGGAAGAGCAGGAUUGUGCAGGUAUGAAGAGCGUGAGGGGACAUUCCUGAAAAUAACUGCCAAAAACACGUGAACAGAUCUGGAUCAGAAUGGCAAUGAACAACACCACUGUAUCAACGAAUGACAUUGACAUUUACCGUUGUACUUUAAAAGAAGACUUCAAGUACAUUCUCCUCCCGGUGAGCUACAGUCUGGUGUUUGUGUUCGGUCUGGGAUUGAACAUCACCGCCAUGUAUUUCAUCUUAUUUCAAACCAAACACUGGAAGCCCAACACCAUCUACAUGAUCAAUCUCAACGCCUGUGACACGCUCUACAUCCUCACCCUUCCGUUUCUCAUCUACUACUACGCUGGUGCGAACGCAUGGCCGUUUGGAGACCCGAUGUGUAGAUUCAUUCGCUUUUUCUUCUACACAAACCUCUACGGAAGCAUCCUGUUCCUCAGCUGCAUCAGCGUACACAGAUUCAUAGGCGUCUGCCAUCCGGUGCGGUCUUUAUCCUGGAUGAACGCCCGCCGUGCUCGUUGGAUCUCGGUGGGAAUAUGGCUGAUCAUACUUAUCUUACAGACCCCACUUCUUUAUUUCUCCAGGACGAGACUUAAUGAUGAAGUUCUGGUCUGUCACGACACCACUAUCAAGGAGCUCUUCGAUGAUUUUCUGGUCUACAGCUCGGUGGUGAUGCUCCUGCUCUUUGUCCUGCCGUUUGGGGUCGUGUUAGUCUGCAAUUUCCUCAUAGUAAAAAAACUUCGUGAGCCAGGUGUCGGCGAUGCUCCAACAUCACAGCGAUCCAAGCAGAAGUCGGUGAAGAUGAUCAUCAUUGUGCUUGUGGCGUUCAUGCUGUGCUUCUUACCCUUCCAUGUGAACCGCAGUGUAUACUACACCCUCCGCUACCUGGAUCAAGCAAAUUGCACCGUAAUACGGCUUUCCAAUAAUGUCUACAAGGCCACACGACCUCUGGUUAGUUUCAACAGCUGCAUUGACCCUAUCCUCUACUUCAUGGCAGGACAGAGCUUCAGAAAAAGCAUCAAAAAGACAUCAAGCCAACGCUAUGAUAAAUCCAUGUCAACAUACUGAAACUACUUUGAAAUAGAUUAGUCAUGCUACCAAACGUUUCCCUGCUGAAAAAUCCAGCUUAAA